UGCAAAGUGUGCGAACCUUCUGAAGGGCAAAUUAGACAAGGAUGAAGUGACGAAGCUCGGAAAAGAACUCAAUGAUGCAGACAGCUGGUUGAAUAUUCAUGUAUGCCUUGUAUUUCUGCAAGAUUUACCCAAGCAUUAUCAUUUCAAAGACAACCCAAGACCUGUGAUCUUAAUGCAGAUGUUGGUUGCAGACUAUCGCGAGCGUUCCAGCUCAAGCAAAUUCAAGAAUUUCAUACGAAAUCCAAGAUCUGAUUGUCUGUUUGAGCUGUUGGUUUAUCGGGUGAUGCUUAGGUUGAUUACAACAUCAAAAAGCAAAGCAAUAAUUGAACAAGUCUUAACCGGAGAUCAAGGCUGCCGUGGAGUUUUUAGAAACUGGGAAGGCGAUAAAUCAAUGACAUCGCCCCUGGGUGAAUUUGUGGCAAACCUUUGUGAGCAAUUGUGCGAGAGAGCGGUCUUCUUCUCAACGCCCCAGAAUAUCAAAGAAUUUCUUGAUGGUAGGUGCAUCGAACACUUAUCCAUUCUUCAUUUAUGUUUGAGGUAUAGAGAUGAAAUAUUGGAGAUUUUACAAAUAUCACGAAUUCUGCAAUUGGAGCAACGCGUCAGUAUUUAUGAUGCCUUGAUGAGUGGCCAAAAAUGCCUGUUGAAAUUGCACCUGCAUUCAAAGGAAGAAAUGUUGGAAACGAAACCUGUUGCUGCCCCUCUGCGAGAAGAAAUCGAAAUCCUUGAUCACUUGCAUGCUGUCAAAGAACCGUGCGAAAACAUAGUUCGCCUGCUUGGCUUAAGCACUGAUUCUCCAAUGCACAUGAUAAUAGAGAGACCAACGAAAGGCGACCUAUUGACGUACCUUCACGGUUUCACGCAACCACUUAAAGUUGAUGUUCUGCUUCACAUUGCCCAAAAUAUUUGCAAAGCUAUGAUCUUCCUCGGUGAAAACAAUAUAAUCCAUCGUGGCCUGUGUGCCAGAAGCUGUUUUGUAUUUGAUAAAGAAACAAGCGGAAACGUCCUUGUCAAACUUGGCGACUUUCGCUUUGCAGCAUUUUCCGAUUCGCCUCAAGAUAAAGAUUCUCAAAUUCAAUUUGCUGUUCGUUGGAUGGCUGUUGAAGUACUUGGAGACGGCGAAUUCAGCGUUGCAUCUGAUGUAUGGUCUUUUGGUGUCCUAUUGUUUGAGAUUUUCACAUUUGGUUCUGAACCAUAUAUCAAUAUGCCUGACGGCAAGGCCUCGGAUAAUGACGAGGACUUUCGACUACAUGUAAGUACCUUAUAUUAG